AUAUAGUGCAACAACCAAUAGUUUAGUGCUAUAUAACCAUUCUUCCCAUCAGAUAUAAAGAGAAUGUUACCGUGACAUCGUACAGUCUCUUAGCAGCAUCAACGACGUACACAACGGAGAACAUUUCGCAGACUUCUCGUCUUAAGUUAGUUAUUUUUUAAUGUGAUAUUCUCGAGAAAGAAAAAUAAGACAGAAAUAAUAGAAGUAAACGUUAACGAAGUCAUAGAAAAUGCGGACUGUUAUAUUGUCGAUCAGCUUCUUUGGUCUUUUAAAUAUAUUGCCGUAUUGCGUCUUGGCUCAAGAUGGACCACCAUGCAUUAAUCCUUUGGGAGCAAAAGGUGUAUGUAUAAAUAUUAGGAAGUGUCCAAUUUUGAUACAACUUUUACAAGCACAAAAGCCGGAAACAAUCAAUUUCUUAAGAUCUUCUCAAUGUGGUUUAGAUGGUUCUGAUCCACGUGUUUGUUGUCCUACUAAUGUAAAUGAAAAUAAUAGUAAUGAAUCUAAUAGUAAUGAGUCUAAUAGCCAGGAAAUUCAAGGUACAUCUUAUGGUCCUUUAACUCCACCAGUUUGUGGCAAGAGUUCUAAAGAUAAUGAUAGAAUUGUUAAUGGUGUACCAUCGACAUUGGGUGCCUGGCCAUGGAUUACAGCUUUAGGUUAUCGCAGUAAAAGAAAUCCAAAUAAACCGGUAUACCUUUGCGGUGGAACUUUAAUUUCUUCUCGACAUAUUGUCACAGCAGCACAUUGUGUUUAUAAUAGAAGAGAUUUAUAUAUGGUACGUCUUGGGGAUUUAGAUUUGGAAAGUGAUAAUGAUGGUGCUGACCCAAUUGAUGUUUUAAUAGAAGAUAAAAUUAUACAUCCGCAAUACGAUCCAUCGAGUCAUGUUAACGAUAUUGCUAUACUCAGAUUGGCUGAGGAAAUUCCAUUUUCACGAAAUAUUCAUCCUAUUUGUUUACCAAUUAGUGAACCAUUACUUCAUUCCAAUUUUUACAAUACAUUCCCCUUCAUUGCUGGAUGGGGAGCAAUCUACUUCAAUGGUCCAGCGAGUAGUAAACUUUUAGAAUCACAAGUACCCGUAGUUAGACAAGAAAAAUGUAAAAACGCAUUUAAAUCUUUCACCAAUGCAGUUAUAGAUGAUCGUAUUAUAUGCGCUGGUUACGCUCAAGGUGGAAAAGAUGCAUGCCAAGGUGACAGUGGUGGACCAUUGAUGUCUCCUGUUAAUAAAAAUUAUUAUCUUAUUGGUGUUGUAUCUUAUGGAUAUAAAUGUGCAGAACCUGGUUAUCCUGGAGUUUACUCGAAAGUUUCGUCUUUCAUGAGUUUUAUAAUAAAUAAUCUUAUAUAAUAAUGAUUAUAUAUAUUACAUUUGUAUUUUGUAUGCUUUGUAUUAUUUAAAUAUACGCGCGUAAAAGCUAUGCUUCGAUUGGUCUAAGUCACGUCUAAUGGUGAGUCAUGCAUUUGAUAAUCUUGAUGACAAAUUGUUAUAUCUAAUUGCUUCUUCGUGUUAUCACAUUGUAGUAUUAUUGAAAUUGUUCGAAGUUAAUACUAAAAAUGUAUAUGCAUAAUUUGCUGAUAAAUUAGACUGUAUAUGUUUGUGUAUAUUAUUAAAGAAUAUUAUCUUUUA